GUUUUUUCUCUUUGCACACACACGGGCGGAUUCAUGCGCCCAUACGUACAUUAGCGCAUCAUCUUAUCACAUCUCAUUGCAUUGCAUCGCAUCGCAUCGCAUCGCAUCGCAUCGCAUCGUACCACAUUGGGCGUUUUGAGUCGUCUCCAAAACCACAACGGCGGACCGCGGGCGGAUCAGCUCAAAACCCGACCUGGUAGCCUCCCGCGGCCAAACAUGUCGUCGUCCCUCGAAGCCAAGAUUGUCGUCCUCGGCGCCCAGGGCGUCGGCAAGACGUCACUGGUGAUGCGAUACUGCAAGGGUUCCUUCGUACCCUCGCAGAUCACGUCCACCGUCGGCGCCAGCUUCCUGACCAAGCGCGUGGUCGACACCGACACCGACACCGUGGUGCGGCUGCAGAUCUGGGAUACCGCCGGUCAGGAACGCUUCCGGUCCAUCUCGCGGCUCUACUACCGCGGCGCCAACGCCUGCAUCCUCUGCUACUCCAUCACCGACGCCGCCUCCUUCGCCGAGAUGGGCGUCUGGCUGACCGAGCUGCGCCGCAACCUGCCGCCCGACAUCGUCCUGCACGUCGUCGGCACCAAGGCCGACAUCGUCGCCCGCGACCCCUCCCGCCGCGAGGUCCCCUUCGAGCGCUGCAUCGCCUACGUCGCCGAGAACCUCAACCCGGGAAUGGGCUCCACCCCGCCCCCCAGCGCCGGCGGGUUCCUCGGCGGCCCAGCAGGGACCGGAGCAGCCGGAGCCGGAGCCGGAGCCGGAGCCGGGUCGGGGGCGGGAGCGGGGGAUGGAGCCGGGACGGGCACGGGCACGGGCACGGGCACGGGCACGGGGUUCGGGUUCGGGGCGGUCGAGCCGCGCACGCCGAGCAGCAAGCGGUCGUCCGGCUUCUGGGGCCAGGAGGUCGGCUGGGACGCGUGCCACGAGAUCUCGGCCGAGUCGGGCGAGGGCGUCGAGGAGGUCUUCCGCGUCGUCACCCGCAAGCUGGUCGAGCAGAACCGCCGCAUGCAGGCCGCCCUGCUGGCCGCCGCCGCGUCGCCCGCCGCACCCCCCGGCCUCGGCGGCGGCGUCGGCGUCGCCGGCCCCGGGGGAUCCGACCCCUCCUCCCGCUUCCCCGGCUUCGGCGGCGCCACCACCGCCGACGGCGCCGACGGCUCCUCCGGCGCGGCCGGAUACUUUGACGCCGCCAACGCCCGCGGCAGCUUCCGCGUCGGCAGGGACCGCCGCAGCUGGCUGUUCUCGCCCGGCUUCGGCCCCGUCAUUGGUAUCGGCGGCGGCGGCGGCGGAGACGGGGAGGGGGAGGAGGGGCCCGCGUGGGCUGGCGGCGGUGGCGGUGGCGGUGGCGGCGGCCGCGAGCGAAGGGGCGGCAAGAACAGGGGUGGUUGCUGCUGAGCUCAACCCCCCUUUUUUUCUUUCCCCCUCUGGUGACGGACGAUCCCACUGAGCUCGCGCUGGUAGCGGCAAAAAAGCUGCUGGA